GGCAUGGUGGUGAUGCCGUGGCUCAGCGGGCUGCGAUCUCUUCCUUGAUCCCGACACGGGGCGGGAUCCCGGAUCUCUUUCCAAUCGCUGGUCUCGGCCAGGUUCCCCCCGGCGGCGCAACGUUUCCCAAGCUAUGGAGGCCAAAGGGCAUCUUUGCGCUGCUGAUCGCCUGUCUUGCUAGCCCGGAGGUGGUGCCCGCUUCCCGGGCAUAGACGGUUGGACGGCUUCCACUAUACAGAAUACAAAAUAACAAGAGUUGGAAGGGACCUUGUGGGUCAUCUAGACCAACCCCCUGCCCAAGCAUUGAAGGGGGGGGUUCCCCAAUACCUGGGCAGGGCGAUGUCCGCCGCCGCCCCUCCUAAACCCCCACCUGGGGUGCCUUCUUUCUGCCGCCGAGCUUGGGAGCCGGUGUUUGCCAAGGUGAAGCGAGCCGUGGUGUUCCUGGACCCGGCCUGCGCAGAAAGCCUCCACUGGACCUACGGUGGGUUGGAGGCGCUCUUGCAAGCUGGCGCCCUCAACGUCAAGGAGUUCUCCAGCUUUGAAUCUGGGGAGGCUGAGCAACCCAAAGCCGUCUUCGUGGUCAGCACCGCCUUGAAAGGCCAGACCUUGGACAUCAUCCGGGACAUCAUGAGCCUCAGCUGCUUCCAGUACUGCGUGGUCUUCACCGGGGUCAGCCACGCGGUGCACUUGCAAGCGUACAACACGCCCCUCGGCGCCGAGGCCGAGAGCUCUGGCCCGGUGGUCUUCGAACAGUUUGAAGAGAAGCUUUGCCAGUGGAUGGGCAACAUGAACUACACUGCGGAGGUGCACCAUGCUGCUUUGUUUCUGGCUCCCCUCUCGCCUCACCUUUUUGUGACGCCGGCCUUUGCAGCGCUUUUCCCUUUGAUGGUGGAGGAUUUGAUGCACCUCAAUAGGGCGCGACCUGAGAAGAAGAAAAUCAGCCACUUGAGUGAUGUGGAUUUCUUCUCCCUGCCUUCCGAGUUGCAGCUUGCCAUCCGGUCGCUGGUGUCAGAUCUCAACAGCUUGUUGGAGUACCUUAGUGUUCGGGAGGAAUGUUUCGCCGUUGGAUCACUCAGCAAGAUUAUUGCAGGGGAUCUGGCGAAUUAUUCCCAGGCCAAGCUCAGGAGGAAAAAUGCACAAAAUAAAGCUGCUAUCAUUUUUGUGGACCGGACAUUAGAUUUGACAGGAGCCGUUGGGCAUCACGGUGACACCUUAGCAGAGAAGAUUCUAUCCAUACUUCCCAAGUUACCAGGUCAUACAUGUGAUGUGAUGGUCAAUAUGAUGGAGCUCACAAGCCUGCACGCUAAUGAGACAAGUUGCAAUAUUAUAGCCCCCGGCUGCUUGGCACAACCAACAGAACCAGCGGCUAGAUCUCUCUGGGAGUCCUUAAUGAAUCUAAAACAGAAAGAAGGUUUGAUGGAAGUUAGAAGACACCUUGUGGAAGCUGCAAGCCGAGAACAUUUGCCAAUCAAGAUGAGCAUGGGGAGAGUUACCCCAGAACAGCUUCACUCGUAUAUCCAGCUCUUCAAAAAGAAAUUCGACGCUCUCAAAAAUCAUUGUGGGCUUUUGCAAAUCUCACUGGCUGUUGUGCAGACUCUAAAAGACCCUCAGAAUGCCAAAUGGGACAACUUUUUAGCCUUUGAACGGCUAUUUGUACAGAAUAUUGGUGAGUCAACAUUAUUUAAUGCACUGAAGCAACUGCUACCUAUUAUCAAACCUUCCAGGAACAGAACAGCAGAUGAUUACACUCCCCAAGAGUUCCUUCUAUUAUUGGUGUAUAUUUACUCCAUAGUGGGAGAAGUCAAAACUGGGAAAGAAUUAAAUGAGGCCGAAAGUCAAGUGAAGGAAGCCUUUAUCCAAGCUAUUUGCGAUGAACCAGAGCUAUCACCUUUGCUGCAGAAAAUAAUAGGUAAGUGGAACAACUACUAUGCCUCCAAUGGAGCAACGGCCUGUGAUGAGGAACCCAUUGGAGAAAUUGACUGUGCAAUUAACGUGGGAGACAGAUUAAGUUGA